AAACAAAAUUUUGUUAGCUUCCACUUCCCAGUUCGGUCUCGCACACUGAGACGCGAAGCAAGAACACACAACAAUACUUCCAACAAAAUCUAAAUCCUUCCCCAAUUUGUCUUCUGAACCAAAACCCUAAAACUCUCCCACCUUCUUCUCCCUAGAGAUGUCUUCUUCAAUAUCCCUAAAGCCGACGCACCUUAUCCUCUCCUCUUUCUCCACAGGCAAAGUCCUCCACUUCCGCCGCUCCCGUUUCAGCCACAGGUCGUCGUCUUCGUCUCGUUAUCGGACUCUCGUAGCUCAAUUCGGGUUCAGACCAGGUUCGUUUCCCGACCUAGGUGACUCUCUCGAUUUCAUCAAGGACCAUGCCGAGAAUCUCUUGUACACGAUCGCUGAUGCCGCCGUUUCGUCCUCUGAAACCUUUGAAUCUGUCGCUGGUACUACUUCCACCACAAACCAGAACAAUGAUUGGUUCUCUGGUAUUGCUAAUUACAUGGAAACUAUUCUCAAGGUUUUGAAAGAUGGGUUAUCAACUGUUCAUGUUCCUUAUUCCUAUGGUUUCGCUAUCAUUCUAUUGACUGUGCUUGUUAAGGCUGCUACGUUCCCAUUGACGAAAAAGCAGGUUGAAUCUGCCAUGGCAAUGAAAUCUUUGACGCCUCAAAUAAAGGCUAUUCAGGAACGGUAUGCCGGUGAUCAGGAGAGAAUUCAGCUUGAAACUGCCAGAUUGUAUAAACUUGCUGGAAUAAAUCCCCUUGCAGGCUGCCUCCCCACACUAGCCACAAUACCAGUCUGGAUUGGGCUGUAUAGAGCCCUCUCAAAUGUUGCCGAUGAGGGGCUCUUAACGGAAGGUUUUUUCUGGAUACCUUCUCUUGCUGGUCCAACAACUGUUGCUGCAAGACAGAAUGGCAGUGGAAUCUCAUGGCUGUUUCCUUUCAUUGAGGGACACCCACCUCUCGGAUGGCCAGACACAUUAGCAUAUCUUGUCUUACCUCUAUUGCUCGUCUUCUCUCAGUACCUAUCCAUUCAGAUUAUGCAGUCUUCGCAGAGUAAUGAUCCAGCCAUGAAGAGCUCACAAGCAGUGACAAAGCUUCUUCCACUGAUGAUUGGCUAUUUUGCACUCUCAGUUCCUUCUGGUUUAAGUCUUUAUUGGCUGACCAACAACAUUUUGAGCACGGCACAGCAAGUAUGGCUUCAAAAAUAUGGUGGUGCUAAGAAUCCAGUGGAAAAAUUCACUAAUUUGGUCAGUAAGGAAGAUAAAACACAAAAAAUUGAGAAGCCUAUUUCAGAGGCACUAGUUCAAAAGUCUGUUUCAGAACUGAAAAUACCAAGAGAGAAGGGUGGUGAAAAGGUGACCUCAGAAGGCCCUAAACCUGGUGAAAGGUUUAGGCUGCUCAAAGAGCAAGAAGCAAAGAGACGUCGGGAAAAAGAAGAGAGGCAGAAAGCUGAAGCAGCUCUUUCAAAUCAAAAUACAAACAAAGCACAUGAACAAGAUGGAAAACCUGAUACAGCCAUUGUCGCUGGAGAUAAUGGAGAGACAGAACUUUCUGCUGCGGAAGAAACAUCCGAUGGCACCGUAGCUGUGAAUGGGAAGCCAUCUAAGGAGAAGACUUCGAAUGAGACAUUUGGCAUUGGCCAUGAUACAGAACAACAGCAUUCUCAUGAUACAUAGAGGAGGAACACUCCUGACCAAGCCCAAGCCCAGCACACAGAGGAAUUGAGAUUUGAAUAAGACAAGAGGAGGAAUCUCGUUAAUCAGUCCUUUUAGCCCCUCUGCAACAGAGUUCGAAGUUUAUAGAUCUUAAGAGUGCGAAACAUUAGUCAUUAAGGUUUAGAAUUUGUGUACAAAGACCAUAGGGGAUGGGUUUUUGUAAGCCACGGAAGCUUGGUUCAUAUUGCUUAUGUUCUUAAGAAUGUUUAAGCAAAACUACUUUUGUCCUC